AUGUACAGUGGGUCCAGUGAUGGCGAAGGCCAUGAGGCCGCGCAAAGGAAGAUCCCGCCUGCUUCGUCCAUGUUGUGGGUCCGGAACCUCCGCCGCUUCAUCGGAUCCGGUACCGGACUCGGAUCCGAAGCCCUCAUGGAGCUUGAAACAAAGAGAAUCUUGCUUGAUAUUUUCAAAGAGAAGCAACAAAAAAGUGCCGAAGCUGGCACAAUACCAAGUUUCUAUAAGAAGAAACCUGAAGAUGGAUCUAUUAGUCACAGGGUCCAGAGGCUGGCAAAAUAUCGGUUUUUAAAGAAGCAAUCAGAUCUUUUGCUAAAUGCUGAUGAUCUAGAUGCUAUGUGGGUUUGUUUAAGGGAAAAUUGUGUGAUUGAUGAUGCAACUGGUGCAGAAAAGAUGAAUUAUGAAGACUUUUGCCACAUUGCCUCUGUAUGUACAGAGCAGAUAGGGCCUAAAUGCCGUCGCUUUUUCAGCCCUUCCAAUUUCAUGAAGUUUGAGAAAGACGAACAAGGAAGAAUUGCCAUUCUGCCCUUUUACCUUUAUGUGAUGAGAACGGUUUCACUUACCCAAGCUAGAAUUGACAUGAGCGAGCUUGACGAGGAUUCAGAUGGUUUCCUUCAACCUCAAGAAAUGGAGGCCUAUAUACGAGGUCUUAUACCUAAUCUGGCUCAAUUACGGGACAUGCCUGCAAGCUUUGUUCAAAUGUAUUGCCGCAUAGCUGCGCAGAAGUUCUUCUUCUUCUGCGACCCUCAUAGACGAGGAAAAGCAUGCAUAAAAAAGGUGUUAUUAAGUAAUUGUCUCCAGGAACUAAUGGAACUGCACCAGGAAAGUGAGGAAGAAGUCACUGACACUGAGCAAGCUGAAAACUGGUUCUCUAUGGCAUCUGCCAAGCGCGUAUGUGACAUCUUCAUUUUGCUUGAUAAAGAUAACAAUGGAACAUUGAGCAAGCAGGAGCUUCGAGAAUAUGCGGAUGGGGCAUUGACUGAAAUUAUCAUUGAAAGAGUGUUUGAUGAGCAUGUUCGACGAGGAAAAGUUGGGGGAGCAAGUUCAAGGGAGAUGGACUUUGAUAGUUAUCUGGACUUUGUUCUGGCCUUAGAAAACAAAGACACUCCAGAAGGGUUAACAUAUUUGUUUCGAUGUCUUGAUCUUAACGGGAGGGGUUACCUUACAACAGCUGAUAUACACUCUCUUUUCAGGGAUGUACAUCAGAAAUGGAUCGAGGGAGGAAACUAUGAAUUGUGCAUUGAGGACGUAAGGGACGAAAUCUGGGACAUGGUUAAGCCAGCUGAUCCACUACGGAUAACGUUGGCUGAUUUACUAGCUUGCAAGCAAGGUGGCACUGUAGCCAGCAUGCUCAUAGAUGUGCGUGGUUUCUGGGCGCAUGACAAUAGAGAAAAUCUUCUUCAAGAAGAGGAGGAACCCGAAGAAGAAUCGUAA